AUGGACCAGCCACUUUCCCUCAAAUUAGCUUCACUAACCCUUAUUUCACAACAUAAAUUUGAACUUAUUUUGUCUGCUUGUGGAAAUGAAUUAGUUUUAAUUAUUGAUCCCACGCUCAUUAAGCCAUUAGAAAGGAUCUGUGGAGUAACGUGGCUAAGACAACAUGGGGUCACAAAAAUCUGCAAAAUUGAUCCACAAUUUGAUCCAACAGGAAAUGUUACACGAGCCUAUUUAAUACCAUCAUGUCUGAUAAAAUACAAGUGUGUCCUUGAUCAGAUUUCCUCAGUUCUCAGUCAAAACACCUCAUUAUCACAAGCCAAUUGUUUCCACAUAAUCAUAGUACCAAAAAUUAUAUCCACUUAUGACUCCAUCCUUGAAAGUAGAGGAUUAUAUGAUGUUGUUAAGCUACAUUCCUUUUCUUGGGAAUUAUUUAGCUUAGAUGAACAACUGUUAAGCCUGGAAUUGCCAUUUCUAUACAAACAAGUAUUUGUUGAAAAAAAUCAGUCUCUGUUAAGCAGUAUUGCCAUGUCUUUAUGGAGUAUGUUCCAUGUCACUGGGCGGCCUAAAUGUAUUUUAUCUCUUGGUAACAUGUCAUCUAGUGUUCUGGAUAUCUUAGAAGUCUAUAAAGAGAGUUAUGAGAGAGAUUUUGUUAAUACUACAGGUUCCCCAGACAUUGGAACUCUUAUUAUCAUCGAUAGGGAUCAGGACUAUGCUUCGAGUCUGUUAACACCAGCUAUAUAUAGUGGAUUGUUGAGUGAAAUAUUUAAUAUAAAUUGUGGACACUUAGACCUAAAUGUAAAGCAAACAAAAAUUAAGAAAGGCCAAAUGAACUUCAAAACUGAUGAAGAAAAGUCUGAGAAGAAUGCUGUCAUAACAUUAGAUAGCUCUAUAGACAAUUUAUAUGGAGAAAUAAAACAUAGGCACUUCUCUGAAGUACUUAGUGUGUUAAGUUCUAAAGCUAAACUGUUAAAAAAUGAAGAUAUUAAGGCAUUAGGUAUUCAAGAAAUAAAAAAUUUUGUUACAACGAAACUACAGCAAGUUGUAUUAUUCAAACAGAAUUUGGUGAACCAUGUGUUAGCGUGCGAGACAAUUAUUGCAGAAAUGAACAAUAAGUUUGAAAAUAUAACACAAGUUGAAAGUGAAAUGCUGAAUAAUAGAAACAAAAAAGCUAAUUUUACAUUUGUAGAUGACCAUUUUGGCACUGAUAUACACAUUUAUAACAGUUUACGUCUAAUGUGCCUGCUAAGUUUAACUCAAGGCUUGUCGUAUGAUGAAUACAAUUUAUUAAUAAGCAAAUAUUUAUUAGCAUUUGGUUAUAAGUUCUUAUAUAUAUUUAAUAAUUUGAUUAACGCUGGGCUUCUAGUUCAACCUUCUAGUCCAAAACUCUCUCUAAAUAUUAGCAAUUUAAGUAACUUGAGUGACCGAUUACCAAAAUGGCAGAAUAGUUUCCAAACAACUGCUACUAAAUUAAAACAGUUGCCACAGACUGAAGUUGGAAAUUCAGCAGGAUAUGUCUUUAAUGGGAGUUACGUUCCAUUAAUAACUGUCAUGUGCAAUGCUCUUCUGUCAUCAGACUCCCUUCAAGAAGUACUGAAUAAGUUAUCUCCAUUAAACAAUUUGAAAGUUGGUGGAACCAUAAUGGACCAGUUGAAAUCUGGAAUGGAGACUAUCAACGAGAAACUAUCAAAUGUAUCCUUGCAAGAUUUUGAACUGGGCAGCAAAGAUGCGAAAGCAGUUAUGAAAUUGUUGAAAAAUGACAGCAAAAUUAAUGGCGCUUUCAAUAUCAAACAUAAGACAGUGUUAGUCUUUGUUAUUGGUGGUGUAACAUAUGCAGAAAUAGCGGCUUGCGAUGUAGUCCAGACAGCUACUGGUAGUAAGAUAUAUAUUGCUAGUGACUCUGUGUCCAGUGGCAGUGAUAUUAUUGCUGCAAACAUUUGA